AUGGCGAUCAAGCACAACAACCAAAUCCUUAACCAGCACUUCCGCAAGGACUGGCAGCGUCGUGUGCGCGUGCACUUCGAGCAGCCCAGCCGCAAGCUCCGCCGUCGCGAGGCUCGUCAGGCCAAGGCUGCCGCUGUUGCUCCCCGUCCGGCUGACAAGCUCCGCCCCGUUGUGCACUGCCCUACCGUCAAGUACAACCGUCGCGUCCGGGCUGGUCGUGGUUUCACCCUGGCUGAGCUGAAGGAAGCUGGUAUCCCCAAGAAGCUCGCUCCCACCAUUGGUAUCUCCGUUGACCACCGCCGUGUCAAUUACUCCAAGGAGUCGCUCGUCGCCAACGUUGCCCGUCUCAAGGAUUACAAGGCCCGCCUCAUUCUGUUCCCCCGCAAGAGCGGCCAGUUCAAGAAGCUCGACGCUUCCGCUGAGGAGGUCAACGCCGCCAAGGCCGCUUUCGCCGCUGAGGGUGAGGGCUACUCCACCCGUGUCGGUGCCACCCUCCCCAUCACCAACCCUACUGCCGAGGAGGCCAUCACCGAGGUCAAGCGUGACGACCUGCCCAAGGGCGAGGAGGCUGCCUACCGCCGGUUGCGGGACGCCCGCAGCGAGGCUCGCCACCAGGGUAUCCGGGAGAAGCGUGCUAGGAUUAAGGCUGAGGAGGCCGCCGCUGCCAAGAAAUAA